AUGCCAUCUCUAAGUGAAUUUCUCAGAAAAGCACAUGGAGCAUUCAAUAGCUUCCGAGGCUUAAAUAAUACAUUUAUUGGUCAAGAUGGUGAAAUUGUUUAUUCGAAAAAUAAUGUUUGCAUUCAUGAUGUACGUAAAAAUGAUCAAAAGGAUAUCGAUAAUUCCAUACAGCACAUUCCUGGAUAUUUGACCUUGAAAUGUCAAAACGAUGAUGUAUUAGGAAUUACUCUUAUUUUGCAAUGGCUACCUAAUGAAACGCUUAAAAAGAAUUCAAGAAACAUUCGUAAUGUAUCAAAGAAAAAUCGAAAUACCGUUGGUACCAGUUGUGAUCAAAUGAAAUUUCGGAAUUUCAAUAAUAAGCUACGAGUAUGUGUGCAAAGUAGUGGUGACGAUAAUGAUGAUAAUGAUGAUAAUAACGAUGAAGAUGAUGAUGAUAACGAUGAUAAAACGCAAAGUGAUCAUACAAAUGAUGAACGUAGUCCGACAAGUGAAAACGACAUUAACGUUGAAAUGAAUGGUGAUAUGAUAACCAUAACUUCGAUGAAACAACGAAGGCUAGAUUUAUUCAUGUCACCGGUAAAUUCGGAAAUUUUGAAAGUGCCAGCAAUUAAUGUGAUACCAAAUACACCGGUUGAGUCUUCUCCAACCAUUGAAAAGGACAGAGAUAGCAGUUCGGCAACAACUUCUGGUGCUGAUGAAUUUUCUGAUAAAGAUGAAGAAAUGACUCACAAAAGCUCAUCAUCAGAUGAUCUCGAAUUUCAGAAUACAGAUCAAUGUCGAAAAGAAUCAAUUACGAAAAGUACAUCACAUUUUAAUAUGCUACAACAAUAUCGUGACAAAUGUGAACAUUUAUGCAAAAUAACACCGGAACAAUUUGCAAUGGCACAUAAUUUGUUGUUGGAAAAUGAUAGCCAAUUUGAUGAUGAUGGAACCGUAUUGGUUAGCGGUAGAAGUGUAAUUUUUCAUCAGAAGACAACCUGUCCUUCGUUUUUCUCCGUUAAUUUAGGUAAAAUGAGAUCGAUGUAUUUAUUUUUCACUGCUAAUAACUUAACUUCUGGACAAUUUAUUAUUGCUACAUGGGAUUCACAAUACAAAAUUUUACAUUUUCAUCAUAGUGGAUUGGAUAAAUUAGCGCAAAUACUUAAACAAUGGAAUGAUAUUAAAACAAAAGCUAUUAAAAAUGGUUUAUCUUCAACGAUUCCGGAUUGGCAAUUUUUAGUAUGUCAGCCGAAAGUAAAUAAAACGGAACUUGAUCCAGAAGAAGGUCUAUAUGAACGAGUCAGCUGUAAUUUUUGGAAAUCAUGCAAAAAUCAAGAUGGUAGUUUCGAUGAUAGUUACACCAUGAGAAAGGUCAUUUAUUUUGCCACAUUGGAUCCUGCACUUCGCAGAGAAGCUUGGCCAUUUUUAUUGCGUGUAUAUCCAUGGGCCUCAACGCUCGAACAACGUGAAAUCAUACGUAACGAUCUCUUCAUUGAGUAUCAAAAGAUAAAAAAGCAGAGAAUGAAAAGCGAGCUUAAAGCAUCAUGGAUUAACGUAGAAAGUGCUAUAAUUAAGGAUGUUACCCGUACGGUUCUUUAUAAACCAUAUUUUGCCGGUGAUAAUAAUCCAAAUAUCGAUACAAUGAAGAAUAUUUUAUUAAAUUAUGCAGCUGCAUAUCCCGAAAUAAACUACGUACAUGGUAUGUCUGAUUUGUUAGCACCUCUUCUAACUAUUAUUCAUGAUGAAUCUGAAACAUAUUGGUGUUUUGUUGGACUUAUGCAACAGCAAACGUUGUUUGUAUCUGCUCCAAUGGAUGGACGAAGUGUAAUGGAAAUCAAUUUGAAAUAUUUACGCGAAUUAUUGAAAUUAUUUGUACCAGGCUUUUUUAUGCAUAUCGCCAGUUUAGGUUCAGAUGCCCUGGAAUUAAUAUUUGUCUAUAGAUGGAUAUUAUUAUAUUAUAAGCGUGAAUUUCCUGAAACCGAUACGUUGCAUAUUUGGGAAGCAUGCUGGUCUCAUUAUCGAACAUCAUAUUUUCAUCUAUUCAUUGCGGUUGCUAUUAUUUCCAUGUAUGGUAAUAAUAUUACCGAGCAACGUCUUUCAAAUGACGAAAUUUUGUUGUAUUUCAGUUCACUUGCUAUGCAUUUAGAUGGUACUGUUGUUUUGAAAAAGGCUCGUGGCUUACUGCAUCAAUUUUAUCGUCUCGAUAAAUUACCGUGUACAUUAGCGGAUCUUUGCGAAUCGGGUACACAACAGUGGGAUCAUAAUAUUCAACAGAGAGUUUAUGAAUGCACCAAAAUUCAUGAUGAAAAAGCAUGCCCAUUUGCAGAAUCUAAUUAA